AUGCUCCAUGUUCUUCGUAUGACUCUUCGUCCAUUGCUCUUGAACUUUUCUUGUCUUCUCCUUGAGGUAGGAUUCAAGGCUCAUCUAUUUCUUCUUCUUCUCGAUCUCCGAUGGAGGAAACCUGCCCUUCACUCGCUAAAGUGUAACAUUGGUUGCUUAUGGCACCCUGGUACUUUCAAUAGCGGUGCCUCAUGGUUAAUUAGAGACCACUCAGGCUCGGUUCUGUUUCACAGUAGAAGAUCGUAUGCGCUAGUAACAUCUCAGCUUGAAGCGGAGCUCCUCAGCUUUUCCUGGGCCAUUUCUUCGUUGGCAAACUUACGUUUCAGCUCUGUCAUCUUUGAGUCUCCCCUAAUUCUUGCUCGGAAAGCUCUCAUGGAACCUCAUCUCUUCCCGCAGCUGAGACCUCUACUGGAUGAGAUAUUUAUCACCUUACAAUCCUUUGUCUCAUGGAGCCUGGUUCAUACAUCUUAUACUGCUAACCGUGUUGCCAACGCUAUUGCAAUCAGUGUGAUUGAAACGAACCAACUGCAGUCCUAUGUUGCCAGGAGUGGUCCGGUCUGGCUCAAUGGUCUUCUUGCUGACGAUGCAGCGCCUUGGUAG